UACAAAGAAAAAGUUUCCUUUUUCCAUGGACCAAAACCGCUCGGACAACUCCGCCUCCAACCAGCAACAGCAAAACGUCCACCUCCACAUGCACCACGUGUGCAACUGCCAAGCGGCGGGCCUCUACCCCGCCGCCUAUUACCCAGCCGCUGCCGCCGCCACUGCCGUCGGUUUCCGCACGCCCCUGCCCUCCCUCGUGCCUUAUCACGCCGCGCCCUCGUCCGUGGCACGCCCCUACCUCCAGCACUACCAGUACACGCAGUUCAACGUGGGCGGGCAGUACGCCGUGCCCAUCGCCAGCGCCACCGCCAAUUCCGUCUACGGAAGCGCCUCGGGGGGCGGGACUAGCGCCAUCGACUUGGUGUACGGGUCGACGGGGGGCGUGUCUAACGGCGGAGGCGUGGCCAGCGUGGGCGUGAAGGAGAGGAGGGACAGGGAAGAGAGCGGAGGGGAUAGCGAGAGGGCCAAUGAGCCGCCGGAGGGGUACGAUUACGGGCAGGUCACGCCUCCUGCAAAUGAACUGCUUUUGAACGAUACGACUGACGCGACUAUCCAGGAAAACUUUGUUAAAUUCCUGGAACGCAGUUGUCUAACUGCCGAACAAAUAGCGUACAGAAAUCGUAACAGACCUUGUUUCCGUAACAUUCAGAACUUGUGCAUCAGGACACGAUCGGAAAUUCUGAAACCCUGCACUACCAUUUCCAACAUUCACUCCCAGGGAAUCCCGUGGGCCACCAAAGACUUUAUAUACGCUUUUGUAAGGCUGACCAACUGCUGGCACAUCCUCAAAGGCUACUGGGAAAAUAGAGACGGUUCCAGCCUGGGCAAGAUCGAAAAAGAACUAACCCCAGAAUUUAGAGCUUGCUACGUCAGAUGGGAGAAGGAAACCAUCGAGUUAGCCGGUCAACUGACAAGAAUUUUUUAUAAUCUGGACACGAACUUGAACACUGUCAGCUCGGGAGCGAGUAUCUACUCGGCUAACAACUUGAUACCGCCACAAAUCAAUUUGAUCAAGAGUGCUUCGGAGGGUGCCAUCAAGAAACAAGCCACUGUCGGUGAAGCUUCUGCUACUAGCAUUCAAAGUAGUUUGGUCAAUGGUAAUUGUGCUUCUUCGAAAGGUGUGAGGGGUAUCCUCCACUUGCCGCAAACAGGUUCGCCAUCGGCUGAAACGGCCGACCAGGCUAAUCAGACGUACGCCACUGACUUUUGCGGCAAGGACGACGAAUUUGACUCCGAAGAAGAAAGGACCAGAAGGGUUUACAUGAAACCUGGAAGUUACAGCGUGCCGAAAAAAGGGCUGGAAAGUACAAACGGUGUUCCCGGAGCUAGUCCUAGGGGAAUCGAGUUUCUGGAAACCGCUCAGAACGUCAACAAGGCCAGAGAGGUGGCCAACGAGAGAUAUUGGGCCAACGUGCAUGUCGGUUCGUCUAAAAAACAACAACAAACGCAGCAAGAGUUCAAAUCGACUCAGGAGGAAGAAGAAAAAAGGCAGGAAAUGGUUGAAAUUGAGUUAAAUUUAUCGACUCAUCUAAACGUUCACGAAUGGUUGAUUAGCAGCAAUUUUGAUGAAUUUGGCGAGCCAAAGUCGCCAAUGACCACACAACAGGAGUUGAAGUCCUUCUACUUGGAUAGUACUUACGAUAUACCUUCAUUGGACAGUACUAUGUCUUCGGACGUUAAAGGUAGUCAGGGUGGAUCCAUUACAGUACUGCAGAGAACCAAGUGUUCGCCACCACAACAAUCUAAACUGGGUUCUUCCACCAACGGUCGUUCGUUCAGAAAGCAGAGAUCUUCGACGACAACAACGACCGCCAACGUCUCCGAGACUGGUCUCCGCAGGGUCCAAAACCCGUACGAAGUGAAGGGGGGUGGUUUGACCGAAGGGGGACAACGCGUGUUGGAAACUAUUGUGGAGAAAUUGAAGGGGCACGUUUUGAGGCCAGUAGCUGUCGAGGGAGAGAUGGACCUGGAAAAGGUACUACAAAGAAUUAAAAAUAUGGAAUAUUUCUACGUUAACGAAGUAGUGCGAGAUCUCAGAUACAUUAUCAAGUUAUGGGAUGAAAUUGAUAUACACAAUGCGGGUUGGUUUUCCCAAAAGUUGGACAUACUUUUGGAGGAAAAUCUGGGUCAGUACGACUUUAACGACAUCAAGGGCGAUGCCAACGAGCAAGUUGGUACCUUAAAGGCCAGCAACUCGGCCAUUUUUAAUAACGACUGUGAUCGAUUCAUUUAAUCUUUUUUUUGUUUUAAAACAAAGACUUUUUAAAACGUAAAUUUUAAGAGUUCAAAAAAUCAAAACGACAAUAAAAAUAUUUAUUUAAAUUCAGUAUAGUUGUAAAUAAAUACAAAAACAGAGUUAAAUUCAAAUUAAAAUGUAUUUAUUUGUAAUUAUACUUUGCAUGGUAUGGGUUGAUUGAUUUACUAAACAAAAAUUAUAUAUAGAGUAGGUUUUAAAAUAAAAUGAACCUUAAAUAAGAUUUUAAAGAUGUAAAAAUUAUAGAAAGUAUCAAAA